AUGUCUUUAGGCAAAAGCACCCAGAACGGUACAACUCCUGCAAGACGGCCUACCCACUUCGCUGUGCGCACUCCGUUCCCGAGGGCCCCAGAGCUCCGGGAACCGGAGGGGGUGGAGACUGGAGACGGGAGAGAGGCCCACAGGAGCCUCUGGGGCCCUCCGGCCGACCGGGACGCCCACCCACUCCCGGAUUCUGAGAGCUGCCCGGAGCAGGGCCCAGGGGGCGCCCCGGCCGCCCCAGAAGCCGGGCCCGCGGCACCCCCAGGCGGAGGCGCGGCCCCUCCGCUACUUACGGCUCCCGGGGCGGACCGGCGUGGCGUGCGCGCCCUUUCCCGGGCUGCGGCCGGAUGCAGAGUCCGCCGGCGUAGGGAGCUGGGCCCGGCGGGGGCUGUGCUGGCCGGCGGCGGAGGAGGGCGGCGCGGAGACCGCGUUUCCGGUUCCCUCCCUUCCCUGCCUUCCCGGCAGGUGCCUGGCGAUCGCCGGGGGCGCGAGGCCGACGCGUGCGCAGGGAGGGGAGCCGUUGCGUGGAGUGCGGGGUGCUGGCCUUACCCCAGUGGGUCCACAAGGGAGCCAGCCUGGGGCACAAGAAAAACGUAUAUGCUCUGGAGCCCGAGAAAUGGUGCAAAUGUUAAUUCUGCCUCUGACACUUUAACUGGGAUGAGCCUGAGUGAUCCCCAAACCUUCCUAGAUCCCGGGUCUCUUGCCCACAAAGCCUGGCACAGAGAUGGUACCCCCUCCAUCCCCUCUCCCCAUUCUCCAUUGCUUUUGCUGACAUCGUCCAUAGGACGUCACAAAAGAAGCCUUCCCAGCCUCGCCAGCACUCCACAAAUGUGGACAUUUGCCUCAGUAUGUCUACUUACAGUUCAUUUGGAAAGUUAUUUUCUUCUCCUCGACCACAAUAGACAGCAAUGUCCUUAGUCCUGCCAGUGUGCUAAGUGGUGCCCGUUGGCUCAGGAAGCACCAAAAAGAAUGUUUAGGAACAUAUGCGACUUGUAUAGCAAUGUAGAUUUUAAGUGGAGUUCUGUUCUUAUCAUAAUACACCAAAAACAGCCAACG